CCAAAGCUCUUCUUCCUGCCACAGAAUUAUUUCUCUUUAACAAUUCCCACGCCCAUGAUUCUUCUUCCCUGAUCGAUCGAUCAUCUUACUUUAAUCUUCUUCUUCUUCACUAAGAUACCCAGCCAUGGUGUCCUUGGAGGAUUCCCAAUCCAGUUCCACUCGUCUUCCCAUCACUCGGACCAUCUAUUCACCUUCUGCACUUUCCUCCGUCAAGAUCCAGAGGUCCCUCGGCCGCUCCAUGCGAACAGUCCGCUCCAAUUAUUACCAGAGCGACCGAUCCUGUUCCUUCUCCAGUUCUAUUGCCGACACUACCACUUUCCCCGAGAAUCUCACUGAUUCCGUCGUCGAUUUGCAUCUGGGAGAGCUCGCAGCUAAAACCCAUAAAACUUCUACUAAAUCAUUUUCCGAGGAAGAUGAGGAAAACUUUCUAGAGCUUUCUCACGCCUUCAGCGACUUCUCAGCCUGUAGCAGUGAUAUUUCCGGUGAAUUACAGAGGUUAGCUACCAUCCCUUCGUCGGAAAACCCAUCUGAUCCAAACCCAGAUGUCGAAACCGAGCCUUGCACUGGGUUUCUGGAUAGAGAGAACUUCUCAACUGAGAUUAUCGAGAGUAUUUCACCUGAAGAUCUUCAACCCACGGUUAAGAUCUGCAUCGACGGCCUUCAAUCAGCAUCCACCGCCGUAAAGCGUUCUGCCGCCGCAAAAUUAAGACUCCUAGCUAAAAACCGAGCCGACAAUCGGGCCCUAAUCGGCGAAUCCGGCGCUGUUCCUGCCUUAAUUCCUCUUCUACGAAGCAGCGAUCCAUGGACUCAAGAACACGCGGUGACAGCCCUACUAAAUCUGUCUCUCCACGAGGGUAACAUAGCUCUAAUCACGAAAUCCGGCGCGAUAAAAUCUCUAAUAUACGUCUUAAAGACCGGAACCGCGACAUCGAAGCAGAACGCCGCUUGUGCUCUGCUUAACCUAUCUCUGAUCGAAGAAAACAAGACAACGAUCGGCGUUUGCGGCGCUAUUCCGCCUCUAGUUUCACUACUGAUAAACGGGUCUAAUAGGGGGAAGAAGGACGCAUUAACAGCUCUGUAUAAGCUGUGUUCGGUGAACAUGAAUAAGGAGAGAGCAGUUGCAGCCGGCGCGGUUAGAGCACUGGUGGAGCUUGUAGCGGAUCAGGGUAAUGGGAUGGCGGAGAAAGCGAUGGUUGUGUUGAGUAGCCUUGCUGCGAUAGCUGAAGGGAAAGAGUCUAUGGUUGAAGAAGGUGGGAUUCCUGUUCUUGUUGAAGCUAUGGAGGAUGGAUCAGGGAAAGGGAAGGAGUUUGCUGUGGUGACAUUGCUGCAACUUUGUUGUGAUUCAGUGAGAAACAGAGGACUGUUAGUAAGAGAAGGUGGAAUACCUCCUUUGGCUGCUCUGUCUCAGAGUGGAACAGCCAAAGCCAAGAACAAGGCUGAAACUUUGCUCAAGUACUUGAGGAGAGGGCCGAGGGAUGAAGCAUCUACUUCUUCAAGUCCUUAGUGAAGAAGAAGAAGAAGAUGGUAUCUGACUUUAGUUAGUAAUAUAAAGAGAGUGAGUGUAUAUAAAGAAUAGGCAUUUAGUUUGUAUAGAGUGGGUUUGGUUUCUUUCUUAUAUUAGUAUGACAGUUUUUUUCUAGGGUUUUUUCUUAUGGUUGGUGUGUUUUCUUCUUGCUUUGAAAUGGGAAAACUGUGUUGUUGUUGUUGUUCUUUGUUAUUGGUUGUGUGAUGAUGGGUUUUAUUUUAUGUUUGUGUUGUGAUAUAUUAUUAUUGUAAGGGGGAGACAAAUUCUUUGGCUUGCUCUCAGAAGCAAAAUGAUAGUGUUUUGUUA